AUGGAUAAUAAGGAUGAAGCAAAAUCAUCAAGGGAAAUUGUUAAUGUACCACCUAUUUUAUCAAUUUAUCGGCACGCACUACGGACGUUUGAUGACAACUUCAAAUUUGAAUUUACGACCAACUUGGGCAAGUUAAAAACUAUGAUGGAUACACUGAGAGCGGAGGACUUAGGCUUUGAUAAAAGCCUCAAUAACCCAGGAACAUGGGAAAAACCUAACAAAGCCCCUUGUACGUAUAUAGAAGUGAUUCAAAACAGUAAAAUGAACAUGAGUAUUUUUGUGUUGAAACCUGGUUUUAAGAUGCCUUUACACGAUCACCCCCACAUGCAUGGACUGUUAAAAGUGAUUGCCGGAGCUGUGAGGAUAAGAAGUUUUUCGGAAUACCCUUUGAAGGAAGCCGCUAAUGAGAUUGAUUUCGCGGCUCGUGCAAAACAUGAGGCAGCGCGUCUAGCCCAUGGCGUGCACAAACGCAGAAGACUAUUUGCUAAAGUAAGUAAUGACAGUGUAUGUUCAGCGAAUGCUCACACUUGUGUUCUGACUCCAACAGUGUCAAACUACCAUGAAAUUGAAGCUUUAGAGAUGCCUGCUGCCUUUUUCGAUAUUCUUGCACCACCUUAUGACACAUUAAUAGAAGGUAUAGGGCCAAGAAGAUGUCGCUAUUACCAUGUAGCUAAUGAGAUCAGCACAAAUCUUGUGGAGUUGCAAGAAACUGAAGUGCCCAAAUGUUUCUAUUGUGACCAGGCACCAUAUUUAGGUCCAAUUCUUGCCUAG